UAACACGUACUGUACUAUCCAAUGCGUCUCUUACACAUUGCGGACGAUGAACGCCUCAGCCUCGUGGAAUUCAUUGAAGAUGACAUCCCACCGUACGCCAUCCUUUCACAUACCUGGGGCCCAGAUAGCGAAGAACUUAGCUAUCGCGACAUGAUAGACGGGACUGGAGAACAGAAACAAGGCUAUCGCAAGAUUCGUUACUGUGCAGAGCAGGCUUUGCAAAAUAACCUAAGAUACUUCUGGGUCGAUACAUGCUGCAGCAGCGCUGAGUUAACCGAGUCAAUCAACUCCAUGUUCCAAUACUACAGACAGGCCAUCGUCUGCUAUGCCUAUCUCGAAGACUACCCCGAUGGCACAUUACUCAAAGAAGGACUUUCACAAUGCCGAUGGUUCUCUAGAGGCUGGACGCUACAAGAACUGCUUGCUCCAGGGAUUGUCGAGUUCUACGCCCAAGGAUGGAGAUUCGUCGGAACCAAACACGACCAAGCCGCCGCCAUAUCCAGGUUCACCAACAUACCCGAGUCCGUAUUGACCCACGCGCGGAGGGACAUCAUAGCCGAACAAUCAGUUUCUGCUCGCAUGUCAUGGGCUUCGCAACGACAAACAAAACGAAAAGAAGACAUGGCGUACUGCCUCCUCGGUAUAUUCGACGUUAACAUGCCGUUGAUCUACGGCGAGGGCAAAAAGGCGUUCCGACGUCUGCAAGAAGAGAUCAUCAAGCGCGACAACGACCUCAGCAUCUUCGCCUGGAGCAGUGUGUCGGAGCAUCAAAUCAACAGCCUCGUUGAGAUAUUUGCAAGCUCACCGGCCGCUUUUGAGGAUGUGUUUGACACAGGCGUCCACAAACACCAACUAGCCGAGUUUUCUGUCACAAACCGAGGCCUACUGCUUGGCGGCGACUUCGAAAUAUAUGGUUGGUACGGUGAGCGCGGUUAUACCGAAGUUCCGAGACAUUACGUCCUUUUGGUCGGGGAGUCGAAAAAAGACGACAGCAGUAUAGGCAUCUUUCUCCGAAAAUGCGGUCCCGGGCUGUUUUGCCGCAUUGGCGGUCUACCUUUGGCCAGGCUGCCGCAUAAAUCUAUCACAUACUCCGCGCAGGAACUCAUGCAUACAGUCUACCUCUCAACGGAUGCCUUCCUUAAACAUUCAGUUAACCGUCUGGUGUCCUUUCGUCUCGAUGCGCUCCAUAUUCCCGUACAGGAGCAUCUGCGAAUGCGAUCGGUGGCUCCGCUGCAUGCAUGGGAUCACUUGGACAGGAUGUUUCUUAUUCCAAAGCCCUCGAAUCACAAUGCAAGCCAAUCGGUACUGGCUGCUCAGUUCAGCGUAACGAUAGCGGGGUAUACGGCCGAGAUGGUCGUUGUCUGUCCAAUUGUCUGUCCAGCUCAUCACGAAAAAGCUCCGAAGGUCUUCCUUGCGAAAGAUCAUCUUCGCGAGACGAGAUUGUUGUUCAAAGACAAAGCUAGUAAAGACGGUAUCGUAUGGGAAGAUUUGGUCAAAGAACUACCAAAGCUUCCGCUCAUGAACAGCUGGAUUUAUGUCAAACCCAAGCAUACCUUCAAAAUCAGCGUUGAUCUGCAGACGAUCGAUAUAGAUACCGACUGUGGGCCGAUCAGUGUUAGAAGCCUGACUUCAUCAGUCACACGUGUAUAGACUUAGCCUGGCUGAAUACCAAUCGAUAGUCUUCUCUCCAAAAACUUCAAACAAAAACAUGUCACCCAUUAAACUCUCUGAGAUGUUCUAGUAAUCGAACAAUACAAACAGCAGCGACGCUGAUAGAUUCUCAUCGCUCCCACAAAUAGCUCGCCAUCAACGAUGAUACAACGCCGACUUCCAAGGUUGACUCUGACUGACCACCGUGCGCAUUUGAUAAGCAAUCCUUGAGGACGGAUGAUGCCUAGAUAUCUGCAAGCCAGGCAG